CCUCAAACUCUCAAUUUUUCAUUCAAACUUUUUUCCCCAAAAAAAUGGAAGUCCCUCACACUUCGUCUUCUUCUUCCUCCUCCUCCUCCUCUCCGUUUUCUUCUACUGACGCCGUGAUCCAUAGGGACGCUUCCACCUCCGACGCAGUGGCUUCGUCGUCGAGCACCUCGCAGGUCCGCGACGAGGAGGAUGAUCACAACCGGUACCGCCACCACCACGAUUUCCGGCAUCCGGAGCCGGAAGUCAACGAUUACAGAGUAGGCUUAUCCGGAUUCGACGAGACCGCCUCUGUGAUUCGGGAUGACACGUGGUCCGGCAUCAUCGUCCUCCUCACCUUUUGGUUCUUUGUGUCGAUGACUUUGAUUUUGGGAGUGUACGGGUCUGAGACGUUAGAGCUUGGCCCUAAUACUUCGAUUCUUCUGCAACCUAACCCCAUAUUUGUGCAGUCUAUUAAGGUGGAGGAGCUGAAUAUAUCGAGUCCUGGGCUUGUUCUAUAUGGUUUUUAUGAUACUCCACCACUCAAUACUGAGACGACUUGGUCAGAGGUACACAGGGCCGCUGUUCCAGCCGAUUCUCAUAAGGAGUGGAUAUAUUAUCUAAAUAAGGGGUCUCAAAUAACUAUAUCGUACAACAUUUCCUCUAGCACGUCUAUAUUUCUAAUCAUUGCUCAAGGUAAAGAAGGCCUUGCUCAGUGGCUUGAAGAACCAACAUAUCCUAAUACUACAUUGUCAUGGAACCUCGUUCAUGGAAGUGGCAAGAUCCAGCAGGACAUAUCAACAUCUUAUAGUUACUAUAUUUCUGUGGGUAACAUGAACUACGAGGAUGUGGAGGUGCAAUUUAACUUCACAGUGGAUGCUUUGUUGUAUGACACAAGCGAAGCUUAUUACAAGUGUACCUUCACAGAUACAUCCUGCAGUUUGAAAAUUUUGUUUCCUAAUGGAAAUGUUGGUUUGCUCACCUCUCCUGGUCCAGAGCAGAAUAUAGACAACCGGUAUGUCAAACUCUCAUAUGGACCAAGAUGGGCCACAUAUAUUAUUGGUAUAGGGGCGAUGACUAUACUGAUGUUAUUGGCCUUCCAUUUCCUGAGCAAGUUUCGCUGUAACAAUGAAGAUGGAACAAGAGUUCAGCAUGAGGAGUUCAGACCGGAAAGAGCCCCAUUGCUUUCAUACAAAGAUGAUGAUCAAUCAAGUUGGGGUUCCUCUUAUGAUUCGGCCUCGAACGAUGAGGGGGAUCUUGAAGACCUUAUGGCAGCGGGUUCUCUUGAUGGAAAAUCACUAAGAGAUGGUGAAAGUAACAAUACUCGUAGACUUUGUGCAAUUUGCUUUGAUGCUCCUAGGGACUGCUUUUUCCUCCCAUGUGGGCACUGUGCUGCUUGUUUUGACUGUGCGACAAGGAUAGCGGAAGCUGCUGCUACUUGUCCCAUUUGUCGGAGGAACAUAAAGAAGGUGAGGAAGAUUUUUACAGUAUAAAGUAGUAAACACCUUGUUGUAACUUGUAAGCCUGGUAUGAGCCAUUAUGUUACUCCCUUUCAAUAGAAAUUAAGCUAAUUGUGUCUGGUAAUCUGGGUAGUUUCUGAGGGUGAAUUGCUUUGCCUUGUGGUUUUUCAGCGGCUUUCCCUUUAUGUAACAAUGUAACAUCAUUUCCUGGUAUAUAAAUUCGUAAUACGCCCAAUAGGAUAAUCAAUUUAAAGAGGUCAUCUAUUCUUUUCAUUCCC